AUAGAAUUCUGCUUCAUCUUCAGGAAUGCGCCGCGCAGGGGGACCGGACUGGCUGGAGAGACUCAACCAGAAACAUGCGUGCGCAGCACAGAGCGAAACAGAAACAAUUAACCUCCUGCAAUACUUUGCCAGCCUUGCAACAACCUCCACGCCUCCACAACAUAAGCUUGAUGCGCUUCGCCGUGCCGUGCUCCGUUCCGACGGGCUUUCACGGCCGCUGCUAGCUGCGCUAAUCGCCAGCCAUGGCUGGGCCGGGCGGGCCAUUCUUGCGAAAUCAGCGGACGGAGACAGAGAUGUAUCUCGCGAGCAGGAGGUGUUCAUGCGCACCAGUUAUUUCUUCAAGAGGAUGGCCAGCGAAAACACUGCACUGGCCGUGCUGCAAACUGACCUUUUAAACGUGUACGCAGCGCUGGCAUCUCGGCCCGCCAGCCCUGGCUUCCACCGGCUCAACGUCCUGGUAAUGGCAGCCACCGUCAUGGCGGCAAUUGCCACGGCGGUGCCAACCAACCGCUCACUCGGGCCAGUGCUGUACGCCGCCCUAUCCCGUUCCCAAGCACCAGAGCACUUUGCGGCAGCCAUUUUGCGUGCUGCCAGCCAGUCGGAGCCGCCCAACCGCAGUUGCGAAGCGCCAAACAGUGUUGGCGUGCCGGGAGCGGUGUCCACCCUGUGUACCAUGCUGAAGGCGCUGUACUUCGCCGACUGCAGCAUGCGGGCGCGCUGCAGCACACAGCAGGAGCAGGUGCCGGAGCCGGAGCCGGAUGCCACUGCCGGCGCAGGGGCCGACACUGCGGCAAGAGCAGCAACGCAGGGGGCCGGGGCUGUAGGAGGGUUUGCGUCCGCAGCAGCACGCGCCUCGGAGCCGGCCGCGCAGGACACAGCGGCAGUCGCGCGGCCGUCUGCGAGUGCGGAGGGGCCCGCGGCGCGUGCUGGCGGCGAGUCGCUGCAGCCGCUGCUGCAGGGCCCGUGCCUGCAGUGCUUCCUUGUGUGGGUGCUGUCCUGCGCGCGGGAGUGCAGUGCGGUUGGCGAAGCAUCACCAGGCGUGGGGGCUGGAAGCAGCGACAGCAGGGGCAGCAGGGGCAGCAGCGGCAACAGGGGCAGCAGCGCAACCUGCAGCGGCGGCACCGCGGCGGGCGCUUCCGCCAGCGGCUCGGCGGCAGCAGCGGGAAGCAUGCCGGCAGCGCUCGUUCGCGCCCUGCGCUUUGCCGACAUAAAGGACGACGUGCCGGUCGACCUGUUCACAUCAUUGCGUCUACUUGUUGGCGGGCCUGUGGAAUGCGUGGUCCCGCGCAGACCAGGGCCUCAGCCGCAGAUGCAGAUUCAAGAAACGCCGCCGCAGCCACAACCGCAGCCACAGCAGCGGCAGCCACAACUGCAGCCACAACCGCAUCUGCCACCGCAGCCACAGCAGCAGCCGCAGCACCUGCACCUGGGGCCAUGCGGCGGGUCGCGGCCGCUGCUGGCGAGCGUGUGUGUGUACGACCUCGUGCAGCGCGGCUGGCUUGGGCACUCAGGAAUAGAGCUAGAAUCACUCAGUCCCUACGCACGCAUUGACGCCGCCAGCGUCCUCGCCAACUUGCUGCUCCAGCUGCCGCCGCGCCAGGCGGCAGCGCGGCUGCCGGGGCUGUGGGCGAUGCUGGUCUCUUGGCUGCCUGUCGUGCUGCUUGAGGAUAUGGAAGUUUACAGUGGCAUACAUAUGGGCGCAGGCUCAGCCCUGCAAGAUGUAUGCCUGCUGCUACAGCUGCAGCUCCCAGCGGGCAGCAGCACGCAGCAGCAGGAGCAGCCCGCCGUGCCCUGCUACAGCCUGCGCUGCGCCCUGGACGCGGGCCUGCUAGGGGCGGUGGAGCGGACGCUCCGGCAGCCAGAUGUGUUGCUACAGCCAGAAUCGUGCCGCUACAUGCCCCAUGCAGUCCGCGUGCUUGCCGCGGUGCAGCAGCUGCUGUGCAGCUCGGGCGUGUGGCCGGCGGCGCUGGCGCACGGGCCACUGGCGCAGGUGGCUGGCCUGGUGGCGUCGCUGGCGCGCGUGACCGCGGCCUUGGCGAACGUCGCCGUGGGCUACGUAGGCAUUUCAGGCAGCAUACCACUGCCGCUGUUUGCUGCGUGUGCCGGCGGGCUGCCUCGAGCCGACUGGGAGGCGCUUGCUCUCAACCAUGCAGGCGACGCAUUCAGCUGCUGCCUCGCCGGCCUGCUGCACCUGCUGCUCGCCGCGAUUGACGGCGGCAGUGACGACGGGCUGCCGUCGGGGCGGGCGCAGCCGCAGCAUGCGCGGGAGCACUUGCAGCGAGAGCCACAGCAACAGGAGCAACCGCAGCAGGACCCGCCGCAGCGGGGGCAACCGCAGCCUCCGCAGGAGCAGGAGGAAUGGCAGGACGCGGGGUGGCGGGCGUCGGUGGCGGCGGCGGGGGGUGGCGGGCCGCCGGCCGGCUCCGCGCCGUCGGCGCAGCAGCGGCUGCUUGGGAGCCUGGCAGUGGGCCUGUGGGCUGGCUACAUCGCCCAUACCGCCGCAAACAUCAUCUGCGGGGUUCCUGAAGGGCCGCUCCCUUCAGACGCCUGCGCAGCCCUUCGGGUGCUGCUGCCGCCCAUCACGCGCGUGCUGGUCCAGGCGUGCAUGUCACACCGGCUGGCCGUGGCAGCCGACGUGCGGCUGCGGAACGUGCGCCAGGCGUUGGUGGGGGUGCAGAAGGAGGGCGGUGGAGGCACGGACGCGGAAACAGCGGCGCUGCAGGAGCUGCAGCAACUGGAGGAGGAGGCGGAGCAGGCGGCGGCGGUCGCGCGGUCAUGGGCGGAGCUACGCGGCCGCCUAGAGAUGCGGGUGCUUGGGCUCUUGAUGCUCAGCAGCGCGCGGGCGGUGGCGCAGAGCGGAGACCGGCGGCUGCAGGCGAUGUGGCUGCGGCUGCUGGCGGUGUGGUGGUCGCAGGGCAGCCUGGAGGCGCUUGAUGGGUUCGUGUGGGCCAGUAGGACAAGGGCAGCCGACCGCGAUGCGGGUGCCGCUGCGGCCGAGGCUGAAAACGCAGGCGGCGGCGGUGAUGGUGGUGGUGGUGGUGGCACAGCGGCCGACAUUGGCGGGGCGAGCGCAGGCAUAGCAGGCACGCCGGCGGCGGCGCGUGACGGGUGCGCGGGCAGGACCACAAGCAGCAGUAGCAGCCAGCAUAACGACGGCGGCGGCUGCAGCAGGGCGCGAGCGGACGAGUUGCCAGUCGACACGGUCACGCCGGAGCUCGUGUCCAUGGCGCGUGCACACGGCUGGCCCGAGUUGGCGGAUUUCGUGUCCCACGGGCCCGUCGUCAUGCGGCGUGUGCUGGGGGACGCAGUGCUGCAGCCGGGCACGAAAGCGGAGGCGUUGGCAGCGGCUGUCGCUGGGAAGCACGAGGAGUGGGUGGAUGGCAUGGAGCCAGUGAUGCGCAAGCUCUGGGUGUCGAUGACUGGGGCUGACUGGUUCACAGGGUUGGCGGCACAGCAGACAUGGCUGCUGCCGCGGGUAGAGGUGGAGCGGCAGCUUCUAGCAGCCAGCAGCAACAGCAGCAGUGACGGCGGCAGCGGUGUUGCAUGCACGGGCGUGCGGCUGUGCGGCAACCCGGACUGCAGGCAGCUUGACGGCCCCACUGCCGUCCUGGCUCCCGGCACCGGCAAGACGUGUGCGCGCUGCCGGUCUGUGACCUACUGCUGCGGCGAGUGCCAGCUGCGCCACUGGACGGAGGGAGGGCACAAGGAGGAGUGUCCGCGGCUUGCAGCCGCGGCGCUGCGGCGCACAGAGGAGAAGUAAAAGCGUACGGGUAGCGGCCGAGCACUACUGGGCCGGAGGCGCAUGUCGUUUGAUAUUGUGGCGGCAAAAGUCGGUGUAGCGGUGGGCAGCGCGCAGAGGAUUGCUGGCGAGCGGCUGGCUGGCUGGCUGGGUUGAAGAGAUGGCAAACUAUGAACGAGUUGAAUGUCGUAGCGGCUGAGCACUAGGCCGCCGUUACAUUGCACUUAAAUUUUCUUAAAUUGAGGAUGCAAAUUCGAAGCUGGAGGCACAAAUGGGGCUGCAGGAAAGGGCUGUGGAGGCCGCCACAGAGGCGCAGUUUUGUGUGUGUGUGUGUGUGUGUGUGGGGGGGGGGUUCGCCGCGUUCUGGUGCGUUCAUGGUGGGGCAACCGGUAGACCCCACAGGUUAGUCAUGCAGUCGACGAUCGAGAUAAAUGGCCGUAGCAGGCCAAGGCGGAUUUCUAUGCGGGGCGAUGGGGUAUGGCAAGAGGCAUGUCUUUGUAGUCCCGUGGAUCGGGUACGCGGGGGAGGAGGCAGGUGUCGCCGCCGUGCGGUCACGAGUUCGGUGCAGCAACUGAAUACAUCAGCGGUGUAUCAAUGCACAGACACGUCAUCGUCCCGCGUAGCUAGGAGUCUUGGGCUCGCCCCUCGGGCUUGCAAGGAUACCGCCCAUGUUUCAUGGGGUACUGCAACUGUGGCGCAGGUGGCGCACACUUCAGGGGUGCCGGGGUGCGAUGGCCAGGGUAAGCGGCAGGUUGGCGUCGUCCCGCUGUGUGCAGAGUUUCUCACAUCCCACAAUGAACGGGCGUUGCCAAGGCAUGUGCUUACGACUGUUGUAACGCCGGAGUUACUGCACCGUACCAGGCGUCGCUGACUUGCUGACAGGCUGGUACCUGCUCACGCGCAUUGGCGGGUCAGGGCUGUCAGUGAGAUAUAGACGCAUCGUGCACUUCACCGCAGUACUUACCGAUUCCCAGCGAGGGCGCUCAGAUGACAGAGAGGGACAUUCUGGCAGCAAGUAAUGUAGGCGAUGCGCUCUACUGGGGUUUGCAUUUUGCAGUCUGCGAUGGGGAUCGAAGGCAAGGGGCGGGGGUAAGCGGGGCGUGUGCACGCUUCCGGGUUCGG